CAACGCCGUCAGUCAGCUCUCCUGCGCUCCAAUGGAAUGGCUUGGAUCUAUCAUGUCUCCUUCUUCCUCUUCGUUAUCCUCACGGCGAUUGCGGUUGUUGGAAGUGCUGCGGGCCUAGUAGCUCAGGCUUGGUUCACAGGUGGUCAGAGGCGAUGGGAUGUCGUGAUCGUUGUGGGAUCGUAUAUCGCGUUGCUUGUGAUGAGCACACUAAUCGUUGUCAAUCGCUUAUGGAGCAUACGAGUCGCAUUGAGUCAAAUACCCAAAGCGUACAUACCCGUUAAGGAGGAAGAUGCCCCGAAGGAAGUAUACAAAUCGGUCCAGGCCGAGUACACUCGAGCAAGCCUGAUCGCAUACAUUGCUCGCCCGAGGAACAAAGUUGCACCUGGUUGGGGUACGCCAGGUAAUAUACGCUAA